ACGCCGGGGCGCGGUGACGUCACAUCCGGCCUCCACGGCGUGUUUCCGAAAGAGCGCCGGCGCCGGGAGAACGUGAGGGCGGUGUGGUCGAAAAACUGAACCGUUUAAUCAAUACUAUGAAACACUUAAGUAAAAACAAGUUGCCUUCACCUGCCACAUUUGAAAGAAUUGUAUAUAAAAAUCCCUCUGAGUACCAUUACAUGAAAGUCCAACUUGAAUUUCAAGAUCAUGGAUUUAGAUUAACUGACGCACAGUUCAAACAACUGAUUGUUUUGGCCCUGAGGGACUUGUUUGGAGAGGUUGGUGCUGCCUUACCCUUUGAUGUGUUGACAUAUGAAGAAAAGACCUUAUCAGCAAUCCUGAGAGUCUGUAGCAGUGGCCUUGUGAAGUUGUGGAGUUCUCUGACACUGCUGGGGUCCUAUCAGAACAAGAAAUGUGCCUUCAGAGUGAUGCAGGUUUCUCCAUUCCUUCUUGCGUUAUCUGGUAAUAGUAGAGAAUUCGUGUUGGAAGAGUAGGAAUUGAAUUGGAAUUCGCUGAAAACG